GGCCUGGCGUCGCGACGUCACCUCGCACGUUCGCUUCCAAGAUGGCGGCGGGGAGAGCGCUGCGCUCGUAGCGGAUCUUUUACCGGCAGAAGCUUCUGGCCGGCCGCGGCGAGCAGAUCUUUUUCAUGAGUUGAAGUCGCUGCAAUGAAGGAAAAUAAAGAGAAUUCAAGCCCUUCGGUGGCAUCUGGCACGUUGGACCCUGCCAAGCCCUGCUGGUAUUGGGAUAAGAAGGACUUGGCUCACACCCCUUCCCAGCAGGAAGGCCUUGACCCGGCCACUGAAGCCAGAUACAGAAGGGAAGGAGCUCGGUUCAUCUUUGAUGUUGGAACGCGGCUCGGCCUACAUUAUGACACUCUAGCUACUGGAAUUAUAUAUUUUCAUCGAUUCUAUAUGUUUCAUUCCUUUAAGCAAUUUGCAAGAUAUGUAACCGGUGCUUGCUGUCUGUUCCUGGCGGGUAAGGUGGAAGAAACACCCAAGAAAUGUAAAGAUAUAAUAAAGACAGCUCGGAGCUUGUUAAAUGAUGUGCAGUUUGGACAGUUUGGGGAUGACCCAAAGGAAGAAGUGAUGGUUCUAGAAAGGAUCCUUCUACAGACCAUCAAGUUUGACUUACAAGUAGAACAUCCCUAUCAGUUUCUCCUAAAGUAUGCCAAACAGCUGAAAGGAGACAAGAACAAAAUCCAGAAGUUGGUGCAGAUGGCAUGGACUUUUGUUAAUGACAGUUUGUGCACUACGCUGUCCUUGCAGUGGGAGCCUGAGAUCAUUGCAGUAGCAGUCAUGUAUCUUGCUGGACGUCUGUGUAAAUUUGAGAUACAGGAGUGGACAUUAAAGCCGAUGCAUAGGAGGUGGUGGGAGCAGUUUGUUCAAGAUGUGCCAGUCGAUGUUCUUGAAGACAUUUGUCACCAGAUCCUGGAUUUAUACUCUCAAGGAAAACAGCAGAUGCCGCACCAUGGCUCCCAGCAGCCUUCACCCCAGGUACAGGCACAGAUUGCCGCUGUACAGGCUCAGCAGGCGUUGCUGAUCUCAGAGUCCCAAGCACCUCAGACGAAGGACCCUCAGCAACAAACAGUACAGCAAUCUAAGAAACCCUCUCCGCAGUCCAGCCCGCCAAAACAGACCAAAAGGCCUCUGCCCUUAUCACCCAAAGACGAGGGAAAAACACAAGAGCAACCAUUAAGUAAAAUGGCUAAAAUUGAUACGUCUCUCCCACUGUUACCACCUGUCCUCACACCAUCAGUCCCCAAUCCAUCUCCUGAUAUUACAGAGCCUUGGGGGCACCCUGCACAUGCUCAGUUUGAGCGAAAACCUCCUCUGGUGCCUGGAAUUGGGGCAGUAGAGGGAGAUGCCAUCAACGUUCCAGAAAGCGCUGAUUUGACAAAACUCGCAAUUCCUCCACCUGCUCUUCCUGCUGCUGUCCAUCAGCCACCACCUCUACCACACCGACCUCUACCUCCACCUUCUAGUUACAUCACUGGUAUGUCUACAACCAGCUCCUACAUGUCUGGCGAAGGUUUUCAGAGUCUCCAGUCUAUGAUGAAGACGGAAGGACCAACUUAUGGAGCUUUACCCCCUGCCUACGUCCCGCCAGCUCAUCUACCAUAUCACCCCCAUGUUUUUCCACCUAAUCCUCCGCCAUCUGUACCACCCCCUUCUACAUUCCCACCUCCCAACAUCCCUCCUCCAGCUCCAGGAUACCCACCUCCUCCUACUUACAACCCCAACUUCCCCCCACCUAGACUUCCCCCAACUCAUACUGUUCCAAAUCACCCACCGCCAGGAAUUGGUUUACCACCAACAAGCUAUCCACCUCCUGCUGUGCCACCAGGAGGCCAGCCUCCAGGACCUCCACCUAUUCCACCACCAGGGAUGCCACCAGUUGCAGGUCUAGGCCGGGCAGCCUGGAUGAGAUAGCAUGGAGCUUCUGUGGUAGGAACCUGAACUCUAAGAGGAAGUAUUGUUCUAAGCAGUUUGAAAGCCUAAAUAAAUGCAGACAUGCUUGUUUUAUAAUA